CAGAGAACCGCUUGAACUCCCCCAGCGGGGCAUUCUCUACUAGGAAAAGAGCCAAUUGACGAGGAGCGCUGUCCAGGCUACAGUCCCAAACAAGUUUUACCCUGCGAAACUUGGGCCUUCGCCCCCAGAACUGGUUGCAAGAUCCAACGCAAUGUUGAGGCAAAAGUGGCAUGAUCUUAUUAGAAUCGAAGACGGUAGCAUCUGCGAAAGCUCCGGGCAGUAUUUUGGCGGUCCAUUUUUCGACCAAGAUGGUAUUAGAAGCACCCUGUAUAGAACAGAGCUGAGACCCCAACCGGGGGUGAAUCGGUCCUCACAUCAGCUGUAGUAUUCAAUGCAGAUUGUUGCUGCUUCUGUUGUCUUUCUUGCUUUUCAUUGUCAUGCUCCUGUAAUAAAUGCUGUGUUGGCCCUUUAUAUAUGAAUAAACC